GAGAAAACCCUUCCCCCUUUUGAUUCGGUAUGUCUUAAUAUAUAAUUUGUAGAUAGUUUAUUAGAAUUGCGGUUUUUCAAUAUAUAAUUUGUAGACAAGUGUUAGAAGGAAAUUUAGAUCUAAGUUGGUGUAUUAUUAGAAAUCUUAGGUAGAAAUACGCUAAGAUAAAGAAAUACGCUAAGGUAAAUCUGACAGAGACCUCUAGUAAAGACAACAUAGCUAUGGAAAAAGAGCGCAAAUUUUUAGAAUAUCUUUGUUUAGAACUUUCUAAUCCCCAGAGACAAGUUAGAAAAUCCAUAGCAAACAAGUUUUCCAUUCAGUGUAAUUUUCCUAGCGAUUUAACGGCGCACACUCUUCAUACUGCAGAAGGUAGUGAGACUAAUAGACAGUUAAACGCUGUUAUAGAUUUGUUAAUUAAUCUUGGUUAUAAGAUAGAGCAAAAACAAGGUCAAUUAAUAGAAAAAUUUGAGACAAUAGAAAAAUCUUAUUCUGACAGAAUUUCUAAAUUAGAAAAACAAGUCAAUAGAUUAGCUACCAAUCUAGAUUUAGAAUAUCUUUGUGAGAAUUGUGAGAAGACCAGACGCAUUGAGAGAGAGACAGAUCAGGGAGAAGCUUUAGAGAGAAGAAACCUUCCGAGACAAAAUGCCUUUCUUGAGCGACAGCUGUCAGACCAGAAAAAUAAGAUUCUUUUCUUAGAAGAACAAAAUAGACAAACUCAGCUUCAAUUACACCUUGCACAGACUCAAGCAAGGUUUAUUCCACUUCCGCAUCGAAGUGGUCAGAUGGGUGGUGACUUUCCGGUAAGUUUCAAUAGGGUCAGUGAAACGGCCAAAACAGUUUCACCUGGCCCGUCUCAAACGGUGGACGGUAAAGGCUCAUCAAAUCCGUUGAUGGCUGAGGCUUUGCCCAAAAGCCUACAACAGGUACAGAUUAGUUCAAAGACGGACGAGGGCAAAAACGUUGCCCUCUCGCUAGAUCAGACUGCCCAACUUCUGGCUCAGAACUACUAUUCACCCCCUUGCCUGCAGUCAACCAGUCAGCAGUUAGAAGAUCUAAUUUCAUUUCAGACAGCUCAGACUUCUCCAAGAAGCAACCCGUCAUCAUCAAGAUCGACGAAGACAAAGAAAAAGAAGACUGUAGCAAAGAAAGAGAUUGAACAGACAGUAGCCAAGGUGUUUCAAGAUUUUUUGAAGAACAUGAUGCCAGCUACACAGAUGCAGGCAGACCAGAAAAAGGAUAUUCAUCGUCAAGAAGACCAAGAAGAAACACCCACGCAAAAGGAGCUAAAACAGCUUAGAGAAGAAUUGACAAGACUCCAGCAAAGACUGCAAGACGCUGAGAGAACGCCAGCCUUCAGCAGUGACGCAGACCCGAAGCCGCUAGACGACGAAGGCAAUAAUACGGACGUAUCGUUUGACGGGUCGUUUUGUACGGCUGAUUGUCAUGAACUUGACUAAAUUAGACAUAUGAGUUCGGAUUUUUUUUUAACUGUUGGACUAUAGAAUCUCAUUUAAGUUAAUCCUCUCUCUUAAUCCUCUCUCUUGCCAAACAUGAAUUUUCAAAUGUUAUUUAACA